GGUCCCGUGAUGGCUGGUCGUGUCGCCCUCGCGCUGUCACUCGCUGCCGCCUCCCCGGCACCAGCUCGCGGCCGCCGAGCCCCCGCCAUGGCCGAGGACGGGCACUUGGAGGCCUCGAGCGAAGGGUCAGGAUGGUUAUCUAGUUGGCUUCCUGCAUGGUGCCCCACAUCACUGCCACAUCUUAAAGAAGCUGAAGAGAAAAUACUGAAGUGUAUCACAAGCACGUACAGUAAACAAUAUGUCUUCAUAUCCAAUGGAAAUAAAAUAUGGACGCUAACAUUCUCUCAGGACCUCUCAUAUAAAACUCCACUUGUUCUCCUCCAUGGGUUUGGAGGAGGUGUUGGACUUUGGGCUCUCAAUUUUGAAGAGCUUUGCGAAAAUAGGACCGUUUAUGCAUUUGACCUCUUGGGAUUUGGGCGUAGUAGUAGACCACAGUUUGACACUGAUGCAGAAGAAGCAGAAAAUCAGUUUGUAGAAGCUGUAGAAGAAUGGAGACAGGAGGUAGGGCUGGACAGAAUGAUUUUACUUGGCCAUAAUCUGGGUGGAUUCCUGGCUGCUGCUUACUCACUGAAGUACCCAUCAAGGGUAAAGCACCUUAUCUUAGUGGAGCCAUGGGGUUUUCCAGAGAGGCCUGACAAUGCUGAACAAGAAAGACCAAUUCCAAUCUGGAUUAAAGCACUAGGAGCUAUGUUGAGUCCAUUUAAUCCAUUAGCUGGGCUCAGGUUAGCAGGACCCUUUGGAUUAAGCCUUGUACAGCGUUUAAGACCAGACUUUAAGCGAAAAUAUUCCUCUAUGUUUGAUGAUAACACUGUGACUGAAUAUAUCUACCACUGCAACGUACAGUCACCCAGUGGUGAAACUGCUUUCAAGAACAUGACUGUUCCUUAUGGAUGGGCAAAAAGGCCAAUGUUACAGCGGAUUGCUCACAUGCAUCAAGAUAUUCCGAUCACUGUGAUUUAUGGAGCACGUUCUUGUAUAGACGGCAAUUCUGGUAGUACCAUCCAGUCUCUGCGACCAAAUUCAUACGUAAAGACAAUAGCUAUCCUUGGGGCUGGUCAUUAUGUGUAUGCUGAUCAACCUGAAGACUUCAAUCAGAAAGUAAAAGAGAUAUGUGAUUCUGUGCACUGACUGAAUUCAGCUCUUUAUAAAGUCUGAUCAUACAUACCGUAUACUAGCAAUACUUUGUAGAACAUUACAAAAACUUAAAGCAUGCAGAGCUAGUCAAGCAGGCUCUGUUUGCACACCGUUUCUUCCAAGAAGUCACCUGCACACUUAAACCACUUAGUGCCUUUUGAGUGGGGAAUAUUUUAAAUGGAAACCUUGUACAGUUUACUUUGAGACUUGUCUUUAAAUAUUUAGAGGUGUUGUUUGCCUGUCUGAUAUAGUGAAAAUAUAAAUAACUAGUUUUUAAACUGAAAAAAAAAUUUGGUUGAUUGAAAUUUGCAAAAUUUUGAACAUUUUAAAUUAUGUUGCAUUCUAAAUCUACCAUAAGAAUGUCUAUACUCAGCCAUUAUAUAAAUAAUAUACUGUAUAAAGGUA